AUGGUUUCGAGAAUACUGUUUUGGUCAGGCUUUGGCGUGGCCGUCCGCUUCUGGCAGCUCGGCCUCGAGAUGCGCCCGCUCUUCAACCGCUCCUCGCUCUGGGCCUGGCCCGUCUUUGCGGGCGUCGGCGGCAGCUUCGGAUACUGGCUUCAGGGCGUCGAUGAGCGACAGACGGCAGUGCUGGCGGACAGGAAAGCAGCCAUUCUCGAGAAGCGCGCAAGGAGGGCCGCUAAGGAGGCUGACCAGGUCGCCGCCGAGCACGCAUGA